AUGUCACAACCGACUGGCAUGUUCAGUGUGCGCCGGCCCCGCGAAACCCUUGGGACCAUUCAAAACUUCUCUGGAAUACCUCAACCUGCGUCUGCAGUCAAGCGCACUUCCUCCAGCAAUGAAAUACGCAAUGUACAAUACACAGCUUCUCACAUCAGGUCUACCUCAAUCAAUCAGACCAUGCAACGACCCGCUCAGCCAAACUUUCAUCGAUCAUCCUCAGGAGGGAACCUGGCGGAUAUGGGAAUGUCAACAGCACGAAGGUCUGUUUCUACAAAUAUCUUUGCGGGAGGUCACACGGGGAGACAAAGUCUUGCGCCAAAUCAGCUAUUUGGUUCUCAGACACCAGCCUCGCAGAGCCUGCAACGUAGGAGCAGCAUCUUCUCAAGACCUUCUGGCCAUGCGCCAGUUGCUCAUCAAUCAUUCUUCUCUCAACCACCCGUUCCAGCUGGAAUACCCAAGGAUCCCCGACCAUUGAGAGACUCGUCGUAUAGGGCGCGACUAAGUCAAGAGCUAUUAGACUAUUUGACUCAAAACAACUUUGAGAUGGAGAUGAAACAUUCAUUGACACAAAAUUCAGUGAAGUCUCCUACACAAAAAGAUUUCACCCUCAUGUUCCAGUGGGUAUAUCGACGUAUUGAUCCUGGGUACAAAUUUCAGAAAAGUAUCGACACUGAAGUUCCACCAAUCAUGAAACAGCUACGAUAUCCCUACGAGAGAGAUAUUACCAAAUCACAUCUAGUGGCUGUUGGUGGACAGAACUGGCCCCGUUUUCUCGGUCUGCUUCAUUGGAUGAUGCAACUGGCGCACAUGUUGGACAACUUCUCUCGUGGUGCAUACGAUGAUGCAUGUGCGGAGGCUGGAGUUGAUGUUGGAAGUGACCGAAUCGUGUUCCGAUUUCUUUUCGGGGCAUAUCAAGAUUGGCUUCAAAUGGGUCCAGAAGACGAUGAAGAAAGCGAAGAGGCAGCUCUACAGCCCCAUAUGUUGGCGAUGGCUGACGAGUUCCAACGAGUCAAUGCCAAACAUAUAGAAGAGCUCAAAUUGUACGAAGCUGAACAUGAAGCGCUGAGAGCCCAAGUGGAAGAGUUUGAGAGAAAUGCACCUGACAUUGCCAAACUCGACAAGCAUUUCAAAAUUCUCGAGGACGACAAGAAGAAAUUUGAGGAGUACAAUCUCAACGUGCAAGCCAAAAUUGAGAAAUACGAUUCCCGAAUUAAAAUCCUGGAAGCCGAAAUACAAAAGGUCGAUGCAGAUCUGCAGAUGGUCGAGCAAGAAAGAAACAAUCUGCAGCAGUCGGUCGAUCGACAGGGGCUGAACAUCCAAGAUAUUGAUCGGAUGAACACCGAGCGUGAACGACUGAGCAAAAGUCAUGAGGAUGCUCUUGCCACCCUGGACGAAGUGAAUAAAAAGGUCUUGGAAAAAGAAGCCGAAACUGCGCAAAAGCUUGAAGACCUCGAAGCCAUCGUCAAACGAUAUAACUCAUUAGGAUAUCAAAUGUCCCUGAUCCCCUCAACGGCACACAAUGCCAAUGGAGUCUCAUAUGAGCUUAGCCUCAACAUCGUCGACAGUGCGCCAGUCUUCUCGUCCUCGCAAAGCCGCCGCAACCGCGCGAGUCCGGACAGCUCAGCAGACCGACUCCUCUCCGACACGAACGUAGGCUACUCGCCAAUGCAUCUCCUAAAUCUGGACUUACGAGGCCAAGUCCGCAAUGCUUUCAUUUCUCUCCGUAAGGAGAUCAACGAGCGCCGUAAAGCAGCCGCAGACGCGGACCACGACGCCCGCGACUUCCUCGACAACAUCUCCGAAGCUCUGCAUGAGAAACACACCGAGAUCGACAAUCUCAACUACCGGGUCAACGAAGCGAGCCACAGCUAUAAUGCGCUGAAAGAGAGCAACAACACGAUCUACACGCAACAGACUUCAGCGAUUGAGAAACUCGAGAAAGAACUUGCACGCAUGCGGGAGGGUCUGGAGCGCGGUGUCGUUGAGCUCGAGCAGCGUGAGAUGGAGGUCGGAGUCGCGUGGGAGGCGAUGCGCGAAGAGGCUGCCAGGGUCAGAGAGGAACUGCACUCCGGUAUUGAGCGAUGUCUGGAAGAUGUUAUCAGAUUCAAGGUCCAUGUUCAGAAGGGGCUUGAAGAGUUUGAGGGUUGGGUGGGCGAUGAGGUCGAGUUGGAGUUGUUGGGGGAUGAGAUGGAGGGUGUGAAUGUUGGAGAUCGCGAUGAUGCUGCUGAGCAGUGA